CGGCCGGCGCGGGUGCACUUGGUCAUAACUUAACACUUUGCGAACAUGCUCAAACUCACAACUCUCUCUGUACUACCAUGAGGUCUCCUCUACCUCAGCCCUUGCCAAAGGAAUGUCAGAAGGCUGCCUCAAUUUUCAAGUCCUUUGUGGAUAGCGGAAACAAUGGUCUCGAUGGUGUCAUUCCUCGAAGUAUUCUCGAGAACGCGAAGGGUUUCGCUAUCUUCACCAUCUUCAAGGCCGGAUUCCUAUUUUCUGCUCGAGCAGGAAGCGGCAUAGUUAUUGCGAGGCUAGAUGACGGAUGCAAGUAGAUUUUGUCUCCGCCGCAUGGUCUGCACCUAGCGCUAUUGGUACAGCUGGUCUCGGUGUAGGAGGCCAAGCUGGAGCCGAAUUAACCGACUUCCUUGUGGUGCUCAACUCCAAGUCUGCGGUUAGAUCUUUCAUGGCAGCGGGUUCCCUGACUCUGGGCGGCAAUCUAAGUAUUGCUGUUGGACCACUUGGUCGGAACGGCGAAGCCAUGGGGGCUGUCAAUUCUGGUGGCAAGAUGGCGGCUAUGUAUAGCUAUUCCAAGACAAGAGGCCUGUUCGGCGGUGUCUCUAUCGAAGGUUCGGUUAUCGUUGAACGACAAGAUGCCAACGCACAAGCCUAUCGAUCCGACGUUUCGGCCCGUCAACUCCUCAGUGGCUCCGUCGAUCCUCCCGAAUGGGCCAUGCCACUCGUCAGAACUCUCGAAGAGUGCACGGGACUUCCGGGGAAUCGCAGGUGGGUGCAAGACCUAAAUGCCCAGCAUGAUGGCUACAUGUUUGGAAGCAUGGAGAGCCCCGGGAUUGACGGUACGACCAAAUCAAAACUAAAGAAGAAGAAUGAAAGACCUGGUUUCAUGCGGCGGGCAAGCUCGAGUUCGUACUUUGAUUUCCGAGAUCGUAGUCAGGAUAAUUUGGGCAUGUCCAACUCCUCUGGAACAACUUCUUCCACGAGUAAGAGUAAACCUACAGCUACACUCUUCGAGACGCAGUUUGAGUCCGACUUCGUUCCCGAAGAAGAUCUUCGGAAGCACCCGCAGCUCAAGUUCUCACCUCAGAGGAAGAAUACCCCACUUUUAGCCAACGACCAGGACGAAUUUCAAGAAGGGUCGCCUUUCAACUCUCUACCGCCGUUCAUGACUGCGCAUUCUAAUAUAGCUUCGGAUUCAUCUGGUCACCGGCGCGCUUUUAGUUCUUUCACAUCUUCAUCGCCUCAGCCGUACUCUCCGUCUUAUGGACGUUCGCAUUCAACAAAGUCAGGAGAUGUUGACUAUUUGGAGGACCUUGAAGGAAGACCACCGAGUCCUACUGAUUAUAGCUUUGUACCUAAAUUAAAAGCAAAGCCUGCCUUAAAUUCGCCGUUAAGGCCAGGUGAGGGUGUUGCUCGGGCGAUCGCAUUGUACGACUUUAAAGCUGUUCAGCCUGGAGAUCUUUCAUUUAACAAAGGUCAGGUUAUCAUUGUAACAGAGAAGAACGAUAGUACCGAUACAUGGUGGAAAGGAAAGUUGAACGGGCGCGAAGGAGUGUUCCCUGCAAAUUUUGUUGAAGUCGUGUAAAAUUAUGGUGAUGUAUUGGUAUCGCUCUCUGUAUCUACUAAUUAUGUCCUGUUGUUGUAUCGAUAAUCCGCUCUCUGGCUUUCUGUAUCAGGUGUUUUCGGGAAUAUUCUCCGAGUUUAGACUGUCUGUGUGACGCCAAACCCACGCCUGAGCCAAUGCCCACGGAGCCACAGGCCCGCAAUCUUCCAAAAACGGGGAAUGAUGCCUGGGUUGUGGGUUCGGGAAGGCUCAGGUGAAUAUAAGUAUUGAACGAUUCCAGCCAGAUGUCUUUUCUUUCCAUUGCCUGUCGAAAGCUGAUUCUCUCGUCCACAGUUUCAUAGAAUCAUUUUUCAUCGGUAUGGUCUUCACCGAGCCCUUCUUUCCCCUAGAACUCGUUGAGUAUCUC